UGUUGGAUGGGCGUGCACGAAGCGCGUGUACAAGGGGGGAGUGUGUGCCCCUCGGCAGUAGGCUAAAGCUAUUUUGAAAAUGACCUCUCAUUCGGGCACCGGACAGCGACACCGCAGCUGUUUGGUUUGGAACCAUGACUGAAGAUGACGGAUUCAGUUGUCGUGGAGGGAUAUGUCAAAUUCAGAGAUGGAAAAAAGUGGAAGGAUAGGUGGGUCGCACUACGCAAGCCAUCGCCCGUAGCAGACUGCUUGGUACUUCUGGUCUACAAAGACAAGUCGGAUAAAGCCCAGGGCCACCGGGAGAGGGUCAGUGUCACCUUGGAGGACAUCUGUGGUCUGGAGAUAGGUCUCUCCUAUGAGGGGGUGGGCUACACGCUGGUCAUCAUCUGCCUGGGCCAGGUUGUCAUGCUGGGCUUCGACGGAAAGGAGGCUCUGCUGGCCUGGGACAUCCGCAUCCGCUACAGUCUGGGGGAAGUCCACAGGUUUAGCGUUGGUAUCUUACCAGGCACCAUGUUGGAGAGCGGGCCUGCGACCCUUCACUUGUGUAACAACCUAUUGGUCCUGGUCAGGGACAUUCUCCCCGUUAUCAUCGGCCAGUGGAAUCUUCCAGACCUGCGCAGAUAUGGGCCUGUACCAAACGGCUUCGUCUUUGAGGGGGGGACGCGAUGCGGCUACUGGGCUGGCGUCUUCUUCCUAUCAUCCGUGGAGGGUGAGCAGAUCAGCUUUCUGUUCGACUGCAUCGUCAGAGGCAUCUCCCCCAGCAGAGGCCCUUUUGGACUUCGGCCAGUCCUGUCAGACACCAACGCUGUCGCUAACCAGGCCUACUCUGAUAAGAGGGUGAACCAUGAGGCCCAGGAGUUGGAGAAACGACUCAACAUGCUGUCUCACCAGAGCAGCACAGCUUCCUCCACAUAUGGUCUGUCUGUGGCGGGAGACAUCUGCAGCAUAUCAGGCUCCUCUCACACCUCCGACACCAGCCAAUCAGACUCCAUCGUCGGCAGCCGGCUGGCCAUUUGGACUGAGCCUGUCACAACAAGCUCUACCCGCACAGAGACCAUCAUUGGCCAGUUACAGGCCAAGGACAAACCGUCCACCAGCCUGGUGGGUGGAGCCCGUGUAGUAGCCAAGACCCCUCGGUCCCGGCUGCUGCAGGAGAUUGGUCGCCAGAGCUCGUCCGACAGCGGCAUCGCCACAGGAAGCCACUCCUCAUACUCUGGGAGUUUCUCCUCCUACAUGGGUAGCCUAGACUAUGGCUCCCUGCUUAGCCUGCCCCCACACCUGUCUCUAGACCUGGCCCCCUGUACCUGUCCCAAUGCACCAGGACAUGAGUACCAGGUACCCACCUCACUGAGGUACAUCUAUGACACCCCCCGAACUCUACUGCAGGGGGGAACAGGAGGGGCCAGGGGGCAGGAUAUCUCCACAACACCUAUGGACCAGGUGGCCAGUUCACCCCCAUUAUGUGAGUCAUCACAGGGGGGGAAAGAUGCUCCUCUCGGGGGUCUCUCGGACAAUGUUGCCAGGCGCUCCACCACAGAGCUCCUGCAGAGCCACUCUGAGGAGAGCAAAAGAAGGGUGGCGCCCCCUAGUGACAGUCAACACCCAGAGUCCUGUCAGAUCUGCAGUAGUUCCCAACCCACUGUCUCCAAAACCCUCCUCACUAUCUGCCCCACCUGUGGAGGAUUCAAGGGGAACCCGCUCUCCUCCACAGUGGGCUCGGCAAUGCCAGCCAUACCAGACAAGAAGCUGAAAAGUAAGGAGGAGAGGAACAAAGUUGAGUAUGAUACCAUGGAUAGCUGGGCGUUGGAGAAGAGUUCAGAGCCAGAGGAGAAAAGCAAGUAUGAGCUGGUGGGCAGUUGUGGACAACAACGGUUCCUUCAUGAGACUGAAGGGGCCAAGUUUGUGUUUCCGCCAGACAUGGUGGCUCCAGAAAGACCCCGCGGUGAUGGUGUGACAUACAUCAAUAUUCCCAUCAGCCCCAUGUCUAAGAAACAGCUGAACUACAUGGAGCUGGAGCAUCAGGAGCAUGCUGGGGUCAGGGGGACUGGCCAACACCUUCCAGGACAGAGGAAAAGUUCCUCUAAAUAUGCCCUGAUCGACAUCACUGCUACGGAUGCCGCCCACAAAACGGGUACCCAGCAUGCCUUGGGGAGAGAGGAGGGUCUUCACACCCUGGAGCAGAGGAGGAGGGUAGUACCACAGUGACAUCCCAACUCCAAUCUUGACCUCCACAGGGCAUAUGACUGGCCUAGACUAGGCUGUUGUAUAGAAUUCACCAGAAACAUGGAUUUCCUGGGACGCCUCAAAUUGCCGUGAUGUCAAACUCCUCUGAGAUCUGCCAGAUUUGAUAUCUUUAACACCGAUUGUUGACAGCUUCCAUUGAAAUUUGUCCCAAUUACUGGGCUCUUCCGGGGAAAGCUAACCCCAAGAAUCACGCCUUCUGCCCUGUGUGAAUUAUACCAACAGUAGGCCUACAGCACUGACGCUCCACAAUCAUCUCGAAAGCAACAUGAAAUCAGACUCUAAGGAAAAAAACUAAAGUUGCUGCUUGGAUGGAAGGGAACAUUUCAAUCAAGGCUCUCUUUAGCUGUGUUCACAUUGGCAGUUUAAAGUGACUCAAAUCCUAUUUAUUUGCAUUUCUGAUUUGCAUCUGCUCUUUUUCCUGCAGACUGACCAGUUCAAAAGCACAUGUAAUCGGACAUUUCAACCUACAUUUCAAACCACAUUCUUAGGUGGUUUGAAGAGAUACAAAUCUGAUUCCUGGCCGUGUAAAUUGUGGCUAAACGGUCAAAUCUGAAUUAUUUGCUCUCAAGGGGUUGUUAGACUGUUAUUCGGCAUAUCUUGUUGCUUGCUAGCUGCUCUGUUGGCAGUUUGAAGUGAACAUGCGGUAGCUAACUAGCUUGUUAAUUGUUUACCAACAAAUGAGUGAAUGUGUUAGAAAGCUAAACAGCUACCUAGCUAACUAGCCAAAAUAGACUGUAUCAUUUUAAAAGUGUUCUUACACUAU